AUGAGGGUUGUCGUCGCCUUGAUGCUCGCACAAUCUGUGCUCGCCUUCGACAUACAAUCGCUGCUGGGGAGAAGCCGGGAAAGCGCCGCUAGUGCACCCUCCCCGCUCUCCAUGCUGAGCCUGCUAGGAGCGAUGGCGGGCGGGGGUUCAUCGCGCGCAGACGACGAUUUCGGGAUCUUUGGUCCACCCCCGACCACUACAACGACAACCCAAUCCCCAGACCAGCGCAACCAAAACAAGGUCAUGCUACUGAUGAAGAAGCUGCUCGAGAUCUUCGAGAAGCUCAGCGUCAGCCUGGAUGAUAACAAAACCAUGGGCGCUACACUAAAGGAGCACGAGCCAGAGGUUGUACGCCUCAUGAAGUGGGCCGUGCUGAUGUCGGUGAAACGCGCUGCCGACAGAAUCGUGCACGGCGAAUGGCCGUCACGACUUGAAGACGUUCAGAUCGACUUCGAGCUGCCUGCCAAGGAUUCGAAUGGCUAUUGUGGGUGCAUGGACGUCACUUCGGUUGAGCGU